AUGGAUCUCGACGAAGGAUGGAGAGAAAGGCAGCCGCUGGCAAUGGCGUCGGAAAAAGGCCCGAUAAGGCCUCCGAAUCUGGGAGGAGCAUUGAGCCGGAGGAGAAAAUUGCCAAACGACCACCUUCUAUGCAGCUUGAGAAUGACUACAUCUCUGCUGCUGGGUUCAGUGAAAAUCUAG